AUGGCCGCAAAAGUCAAGGACGCCGUCCAUUCCCUGCAAUCACGGGCGCCACCCUCAAAGCUCACUAUCAGCGCGGGCACGCUCACGUCAAAAUGGUUUGAGAAGUCCGACUAUGUCCAGAUCAUUGAGAUGGUUCUUACCAACAACGACCCUGAGAGCUCCUUCAUAAAAAAAGACAACCUGACCAUCACGGCUUCAUCCGACUCUUUCGACAUUGUUCGUCCCGCAACUGUCACCCGACUGAUGGCUGGGCAACAGAUUGUUGUGCAGAUAGGGGUCAAGAACAAACCCACAGUUGUUCGGGGGGUUCAGUGUUCAGGAACAAUCACUGCAACCUGGGCCAAUACCAUGACAGCAUCCACUCCGAUUAGUGGAGAAUGCGGAUUCGGCGAUUACGCUGCGACAAAAGAAAGUUUGAAUCGCCAAUGGACCCCAGAUUGGUACAACAACGCCAAAUUCGGCAUCUUCAUUCAUUGGGGCGUAUAUGCCGUACCAGCCUAUGGCAACCAAGGUGCCAAUGAGGACUACGCAGAGUGGUACUGGAAGCGCAUGGGAGAACCAGACUACAAGUCGAAAACUUACCAGUAUCACCGUGAUACCUAUGGAGAGAAUUUCAAUUACGAUGACUUCAUUGCGAAUUUCACGGGAUCGAAAUUUGAUGCGGCAGCGUGGGUGAAUCUGAUUGCAGACGCCGGGGCAAAGUAUAUGGUCCCUGUAACGAAGCAUCACGAUGGAUUCGCGCUGUUUGAUACAAAAGAGACCAGUAACCGCAACUCGGUCAAGCUUGGACCCAAGCGUGACUUUAUUGCGGAGCUUAUCAGCGCCGCCAAGAAGCUACACCCUGAAAUUAGAAGAGGUACCUACUUCUCCAUGCCUGAAUGGUUCAGCCCAGCAUAUGCGCCUUACGCGUUAGGUUGCUGCGGUGGCUUUCCUGGAGGGCCACCCACCAACCCGUAUACCUCCAAAGUGAUCGACUAUACUGGUUAUAUAUCCGGCAAGGAAUAUGUAACUGAGAUUCAGUAUCCACAAAUGGAGACUUUGGCCUACGACGAGCGUUAUGAGACCGAGCUUAUGUGGUGCGAUAUUGGCGGCGCCAAUAAUGCGACAACAAUGCUAUCGGCCUGGAUCAACUGGGCACGUUCAAAGGGACGCCAGAUCACCUAUAACAAUCGCUGCGGUUACGGGUCUACCGAUCAUACGGAUGCGACUGGCGGUGAUUUCACGACACCAGAGUAUGUCACCAACGGCGAUACGGUUGUCAGCAAGUGGGAAACAAACCGGGGAAUGGACCCAUUUUCCUUUGGUUACAACAAGGACACGCCCGACAGCAGUUAUCUCACCGGCAAAGAUAUCGUGCAGUCCCUAGUCGAUGUCGUUUCGAAGAAUGGAAACUUCCUCCUCGACAUUGGACCAAAGGCCGAUGGCACCAUUCCCGAGAUCAUGCAGACAGGACUCCAAGAUGCAGGCAGAUGGAUCAAGGAGCGUGGAGAGUCCAUCUACGACACUCGCUUCUGGCAGACUACAAGCGGCACGGGAAAUUUCAGGUACACCAUCAGCGACUCGGCUUUCUACAUUCACUUGCUCGCACCACCAGUCUCUCCCGGUAGCAUCACAAUCCCCGACAAGAUUCCGUUCCUAAGCGGCGAUGAGAUUCGCAUUCUGGGAGGCGCUAUGAACAACACAUACGUGCCGGCAAUACUGAACACGGACGGAACGGUGAGGCUGGAUGUGCCCGCCAAUGUAGCACACGCCGAUCGAUGGGUUUGGACUUUCAAGGUCAUCUAUAAAUUGUAG